AUGGAUCUCGGCACAGUACGUGACAUUCGUGACACCCUCAAGGAAAUCUACCAGGCUGUCAAGCGAUGGCAAGAAAGCGGUUCGUGGCACCGAGGAAUUACACAGCAAAUUGCAGCUUUUCAGAAGUCCUAUGAAGUCCUGUUACUCGAGCUCCAGCUGAGUCCUCCAGGAUCCAACCAGGUGAAAGCAAUAGAAGAGAUCUUGGCACCAGUCCAUCGCAACGUCUGCACUCUACGGCAGACUAUCCUCAACCAGGACCCGAAUAGCCUGUCAUGGAAGUUCAGCUACACAUUUAUGUCAGCAGGUCCAAAUACCGAGGAAUUACUUCGACAAAUUGACGAGAAGACGAAGCUGGCCUUUGAGACCCUAGGCUCCACGACAAGGGUCAAUCUGUUCACGAUGAACCAGCGAUUCGGAAAGCAACUGGUUCAGCUCAAUCGCCUCGCCAGCGAGUCUCUUGAAGUGACAACUGAAACUCAGAUAACAACGGGGAGAAUAUUCAAGCAGCUUGGGAUUAAUGACAGCGCUUCUGCAAAGAGAAUCGUCAACCUGGAGAACCAACUAAAGAAGCAAGGCAAAAUAAUGGAAGCUCUGCACGCUCGGAUGGAUCAAGUCAUGGAGCUCUUGGAAGAACGCAAGAAAUCGGGUAUUCCCCCUCCACCGUACAGCCAGACAGAGGGAACCGCCCAGGUUAUCGAAAAGAUGCUGCCACGCGAAGAGAAAAGUGAAAAGAAACAAAUAUUUUCCGCCAAAGCCACAACACCAGCAUUGGACUGGACCGAUUUCUUGGACUCUGGAUCCCGCUUCGAUUACAUCAAACCAGGGCUAUCUUCUGAGGGUGCGAAAUGCAAGCCAACUACGCAAGCCUUCGAGAAACUUCGAGAUAACUGCGCCACAAAGACUACCAAGUCAGUUGCCUUUCGGUCUGCUGCCGAGGGCCACGGCUUCGUUUUUGGGUCCGACGGUCGAUUGGACUUGGAGGAGACGCUAAAAUCAGUCAACCCAUAUCCCAGUUCAGUUGCUGGGAGCUACUUUUCGACUGAUGUUAUGCAUUAUCUAGACGUGAGACUCCUGGUAACCAAGGCUGUGGAGCUGGGGUUCUUAGACCGGGCCGAUUUGAUACAGUUUUUAGAUAAACCAUGGCACGUCAUGGAAAGACUCGACCUCCCCCUCAAGACGCCGAUCAAGCCUCAAUACGCACUGAUGAUAAAUUCUGAGCUGCGCGAAGAAGUGGUCCAGAGAUUGACUGGAAGCGUCUUUGGGGGCCUGUCGAAGUGUUGA